CGCUUAUCUACUGAAAGUACACACUUUAUUUACAAUUAAUUAAUACAUAAAGUGACAAGUCCUAAAACAAUGAACCAUGGUGAAUGUAAUGAAAGGUGUCCUCGUUGAAUGUGAUCCGGCAAUGAAACAAUUCUUACUACACUUGGAUGAAACUCUUGCACUCGGUAGAAAGUUUAUUCUUCAAGACCUGGAUGAAACACACUUGUUCAUAUCAGCUGAUAUUGUGGAGACUCUACAAGCUCGCGUUGACGAUUUAAUGGACCAGCUCAGCAUACCCGUGCACGAUAAAGGAUUAUAAAUU